AUGACAACCAAAUGUGGAAUACGGCUUUUAUACCAUGCUUAUUUUUUUGUGGAGUCUGGGCCAGUUUGUGGGCACCUCGACUAUUUCCACGGGAACCAUAUUGCAAUGGAAGUCACUCAGGUCCUUCUAAAUGCACAAUCAGUUGAUUCAACAGUGCGAAAACAUGCAGAAGAAACAUUGAAACAGUUUCAGGAGCAAAAUCUUCCUGGUUUCCUAUUGUCUCUGUCAGGAGAAUUGGCUAGUGAGGAGAAGCCAGUUGAUAGUCGUAAGUUGGCAGGUCUAAUACUAAAAAAUGCUUUGGAUGCCAAGGAACAACAUAGGAAAUAUGAACUUGUCCAAAGGUGGUUAUCACUUGAUGUGGCUGUGAAGACCCAAAUUAAAACAUGCUUGUUACAGACCCUCUCUUCUCCGGCACCUGAUGCUCGUUCAACUGCUUCGCAAGUCAUUGCCAAGGUUGCUGGCAUUGAGCUGCCACAGAAGCAGUGGCCUGAGUUGAUCGGGUCGCUCUUGUCAAAUCAACAGCUCCCUGCCCACAUCAAGCAAGCUACUUUAGAGACACUGGGAUAUUUAUGCGAAGAAGUUUCUCCUGAUGUCAUGGAGCAGGAUCAAGUAAAUAAAAUCCUUACAGCUGUAAUUCAGGGUAUGAAUGCUGAAGAAAAGAACAAUGACGUCAGGCUUGCUGCUACCCGAGCAUUAUACAAUGCACUUGGUUUUGCUCAGGCAAAUUUCACCAAUGAUAUGGAGCGUGACUUUAUUAUGAGAGUUGUCUGCCAGGCCACUCUGUCUCCUGAAGUCAAAAUUCGGCAGGCUGCUUUUGAAUGUUUAGUCUCGAUUUCAUCAACAUACUAUGAGAAAUUAGCUCCUUAUAUUCAAGACAUCUUUAGCAUAACAGCAAAGGCUGUUAGAGAGGAUGAGGAGCCUGUUGCUCUUCAAGCUAUUGAAUUUUGGAGCUCAAUCUGUGAUGAGGAGAUUGAUAUUUUAGAAGAUUAUGGGGGUGAUUUUACUGCAGAUUCUGAUGUUCCUUGCUAUAAUUUCAUCAAGCAGGCUCUUCCUGCACUUGUCCCUAUGCUACUGGAGACACUUCUUAAGCAAGAAGAAGAUCAGGAUCAGGAUGAAGUUGCUUGGAAUCUUGCAAUGGCCGGUGGCACUUGCCUUGGUUUGGUUGCAAGGACUGUUGGAGAUGACAUUGUACCUCUUGUUAUGCCAUUCAUUGAAGAGAACAUUACAAAGCCUGAUUGGAGGCAAAGAGAGGCCGCCACAUAUGCCUUUGGAUCCAUUUUGGAAGGUCCUUCACCUGAUAAGCUAACACCCAUUGUUAAUGGUGCUCUAAACUUCAUGCUUACUGCAUUGACAAAGGAUGCCAAUAGCCAUGUGAAAGACACUACAGCAUGGACCCUUGGAAGAAUAUUUGAAUUUCUUCAUGGUUCAACUGUGGAGAUACCCAUUAUUACUCCAGCAAACUGCCAACAGAUCAUUACAGUUCUACUUCAGAGCAUGAAGGAUGCUCCAAAUGUUGCUGAAAAAGCCUGUGGUGCUCUCUAUUUUCUUGCCCAAGGUUAUGGGGAUGUGGCUGCAUCAUCUCCCUUGACCCCUUUUUUCCAGGAAAUGGUGCAAUCCCUUCUCACAGCGACCCACAGAGAAGAUGCUGGUGAGUCACGGCUUAGGACUGCUGCAUACGAGGCACUGAAUGAAGUUGUGAGGUGUUCGACCGAUGAAACAGUUCCCAUGGUUUUGCAACUAGUUCCUGUCAUUAUGAUGGAGCUCCACCAGACUCUUGAGGCUCAGAAGCUUUCAUCUGAUGAACGUGAGAAGCAGAGCGAGUUGCAAGGUCUUUUGUGUGGAUGCUUACAGGUUAUUAUUCAGAAGCUAGGGUCCUCAGAGCAAACAAAGUAUGCUUUUUCGCAGUAUGCUGAUCAGAUCAUGAGCCUUUUCCUCAGGGUUUUUGCAUGUAGAAGUGCUACUGUGCAUGAGGAAGCCAUGCUUUCCAUUGGAGCACUUGCCUAUGCAACUGGUCCCGACUUUGCCAAGUACAUGCCUGAAUUUUACAAGUACCUAGAAAUGGGUCUUCAGAACUUUGAGGAAUACCAAGUCUGUGCUGUCACCGUAGGUGUUGUGGGUGAUUUAUGCAGAGCUUUGGAGGAUAAGAUCUUACCUUAUUGUGAUGGUAUAAUGACACAGCUUCUCAAGGAUCUAUCAAGUAAUCAGCUACAUCGUUCUGUAAAGCCACCAAUAUUUUCAUGCUUUGGUGACAUAGCCUUGGCGAUAGGAGAGAAUUUUGAGAAGUACUUGAUGUAUGCCAUGCCUAUGCUCCAGAGUGCUGCGGAGCUGUCAGCACGCGCAACUGGUGCUGAUGAUGAAAUAUUAGAUUACACAAAUCUUCUGAGAAAUGGCAUCCUGGAGGCUUAUUCCGGCAUAUUUCAGGGAUUCAAGAACUCACCUAAGACUCAGCUGCUGAUACCCUAUGCACCUCAUAUCCUCCAAUUCCUGGAUAGUAUUUAUAUGGAGAAAGACAUGGAUGAUGUGGUAAUGAAGACUGCUAUUGGAGUUCUGGGAGAUUUAGCGGAUACUCUGGGCAGUAAUGCUGGUUCUUUGAUUCAACAAUCAGUAUCAAGCAAAGACUUUUUGAUUGAAUGCUUGUCGUCAGAUGACCAUUUGAUUAAGGAAUCUGCUGAGUGGGCCCAGAUGGCUAUUAGCCGUGCCAUUUCAGUUUAAAUUUGUGGGUACUUGGUACAUACUUUUUUUUUUCAUGUCCCUGCAUGCAUGUAGUUGUGUCGAGUCGGAAUCCAAGAUUGCAUUCAUGUGUCAAGUCAUUGCCAUUUUCUGACAAUGGAAGAAAUUUUCAUCCAAGUUGUCAGAUACAUGUGCCAGCACCAUUGGAGGGGUUAUUUUGUUUUGCCGUAGAGGGGAUGGGUCAUGGUGAUUGCCCAGGAGUUGAAGGCCUUUCACUCAGGAGUGGUUGCGAUGUUACUGAUGCUGUAUAUUGGGGUUGGAAGGGAAUUUUCUUUGUAACUAGCUGAAGAAAGCAAGGCUCCUGGUUUUUGUCUUUGCUUGUGGAUCUGACCUUGGUACUCUAACAAGAAAUACCGAGGCCCUGAUGUAUCCUCUCUGCUUCAAGGGUUUUCAUGGUCAACAUGUACAUGUCCCAAGUUUUGGUAGUCUUGAUACUUAGCCAUAGCUCCUUUUGAUUUUUUUUUCUCACAAAUAUAUAUAUAGAUAUAUAUAUUUUUGGUCGGUCAGUCCGUGUCUUUGUCAUAUCAGCUGGAUCGGUUUUAUAGUUGAAUUGCAUUGCAUCUCAUGCAUUUCUUUUGAAUGACUUAUUGUGGGUUUAGCUCAUUGGCAUUCCAUAAGAUUUCCUUCAUAUGUUUUUUUAAAUCUCUUAUAUAAGAAUUUUGCAUUUUUGAAAAGCUAGUAUUGGAAAAAUACCGUUCAACCA